AUGUCAACGGCACUAUUGCAGCGCCGUGGACGCUUGGGUAGGUUGCCUGCCGCCCAUCUGCUCAAUGUGGCAUCCCGUCCGACUUCCGCAACCCCGAGUAUACUUUCGAACGCGCUGCAGAGGCGAGGCCUGUCUGUGAAUCAGCUUGAUUCCGAGCGAGACAAUAGAGAACGCGUGCUUAUCCUCGGUUCUGGAUGGGCCGGAUACAACCUUGCACGGCAAUUGGAUCCGAAAAAGUACCAACCGGUCAUUGUGUCGCCUCGUUCCUACUUCGUCUUCACCCCUCUCCUCGCAUCGACCUCCACCGGUACACUCGAGUUUCGCACCGCGCUCGAACCGGUCCGCAGCAAGCGCACACGCGUCGCCUACUUUCAGGGAUGGGCUGAUGCGGUCGACUUCAAGAACAAGACCGUGUCUGUCGAGGAGGCCGUCGACGACCCGCAGCAGGGCGUUGCGCUCACGGGAGAACGCCACGAGGAUGAGUCACCUGCGGAGGGCAGGGUAGAGAAGGCCAAAGAGUCGAAGAAGGGGCAGCUCUUCGACAUCAAGUACGACAAGCUCAUCAUCUCGGUGGGAUGCUACAGCCAGACGUUCGGCACUCCGGGCGUCAGGGAGAACGCGCUGUUCCUGAAGGACGUCGGCGAUGCGAGAAAGAUUCGGAAUCGCCUGCUUGCCUGCUUCGAAACGGCCGCAUUGCCUACCACCUCCGAGGAAAUGCGGAAGAAUCUCCUCAACUUUGCAAUCGUUGGAGGCGGCCCCACGGGCAUCGAAUUCUCCGCGGAACUGCACGACAUCAUCCGGGAAGACCUUUCCAAGCUGUAUCCCUACCUCAUGAAGUACUACAAGAUCACUGUUUACGACGUCGCGCCGAGGGUCCUAUCCAUGUUUGACGAGAAUUUGGGCAAGUACGCGAUGAAGACGUUCAAGCGAGAGGGAAUCGACAUCAAAACCUCUCACCACGUGGAGGAGCUGCGCCGCGGAGUACCAGCUUCUCAAUCAAAAUUGUCGGGAGUCAAGGAGCCGAGAGCUUGCUGGACGCUGAAAUUGAAAGAGGAGGGUGAAGUGGGCGUCGGCAUGUGCGUAUGGAGCACGGGACUGAUGAUGAACCCCUUCGUCGAGAACGCUCUCGGACGGGUGCAGCCGUUGCCAAACCGGGAAGUCCAGCUCCAAGGGAAGGAGGACGGCCGCACAUCGAACGACGCGUGGCUCGUGAAGAAGCACCCCAAGACCGGAGCAGUCGUCACCAACGGCCAGUUGCGGGUCAUCCUGGAGCCGCAGGGCCAGGGUGAGGGCGGCGGGUCUCGAGCGAUCCUGGAAGACGUGUACGCGCUGGGUGACUGCGGGUCCAUCGAAAAUACCACGUACCCGGCGACUGCACAGGUCGCAAAUCAAAAGGCCGUCUGGCUCGCCAAGAGGCUCAACCGUGGCGACAUCGAGGGCCAAAGCUUUACGUGGAAGAACAUGGGUAUCAUGGCGUAUAUCGGCAACUGGAGGGCAGUGAUGCAGACUGGUGGAGGAGGAAACAUCUCGGGCCGUGCCGCUUGGUUGAUCUGGCGUGGAGCCUACCUCACCAAGGCCGUCAGCUGGCGCAACAAGGUCCUCAUCCCCGUUUACUGGUUUAUCAACUGGGCGUUCGGCAGGGACGUGUCUCGCUUUUAG